CCGCUCUGCCCGCGCGGGGAGGGGGCGCCGCGUCCUUCAGCCGGUGCCCGAUGAUUGUUGUGGGCCAGGGCCUUGUUUCCGGGCGGCCCCGGCGCGGUCCCCAGCGAGGCGUGAGCGGGCGGCUCCGAGAGCCCGAUCGGCGCCAGCGAAGCCUGAGACUCGAAGCGAAGUGCAGGGAGAAGCUAAGCUGGGCUGGGCUGGGCCGUGACAAGCGAGAGCAGUGUUCCCGGCUCUCCCCUCCGGGGUCUUGGCUGCCGGGAUGAGCCACAGUCCUGGAGCUGCUGCGGUAUUGACUUCUGUCCAAGCUGACUUCAGACUUGAUUCCUCUCCCCCAUAGUUAGUUUCUCUACGUGUACGAUUAUAAUUGUCUUAGUAUGAACUCUGAUCAGUGGAAAACUGCUUCAGGUUCAUCCCCUCUGGCGUGGCAGGGAAAACUGCAGUGGAGGACAAGGGGGCAGACCCCCAUGCUUUGGUCCCCCUGACCUUUGCUCUUUCUAGCUGUACUACCUGCUGCUUGGCCCCCUCUGCACCUGGCCCCCCCAAUCCACUUGCCCCCUGUGCCUUGUACCCAUCUGCCACGUGCCUGCCCUCCCCCCAUCUGCCCUGCAUCAGUACUCAAAUCCAUGACUAGCUUUCUUGGAUUCAAAUAAAUAUGAUUGUAUUUCUCAAAUAGAGAUGAAGAACAAAAAGCAAUAUGUUCCAGAUGUUGAGGGUCAAAAACAUGAAGACAUGGAAGGUGAAGAAAAAGAAGACAGCUGUUCCUGUUCUGCUGGCUUGUUAUAUGAUGAAGGGGACAGGUGCCCAAUCUGUCUAAAUUGUCUUCUAGAACAGGAAGUUGGUUUUCCAGAAAACUGCAGUCACAUCUUCUGCAUGACCUGUAUUCUCAAAUGGGCAGAGAUCAUGGCUUUGUGUCCUAUUGAUCGCAAACCUUUUCAAGCAGUAUGCAAGUUUGAUUCUUUAUGUAUAAAGGUUCAGGUGAGGCAACUAAGGGAAAAAGAAGAGAAAGAGAACUGCUGCUGCAAUAAGGGAAAAUGUUGCCAUAUCAAUAUAAAAGGCUUUAAGAGAAAAGAUGGACAGUUAGAAAAAGGGCCGUUAAUAGCAAAAUUGUGUAAAGACGUGGAAAAAAACCACAGUGAUAUUUCAACUGAUGACAGAAAAAAGACUGCAUCUGUGAAGAUGGACAAGCCCAGAAGACAGACCUGCUCAAGUGAGCAUUUCAGAAAUCAUUUCUACAGUAAAAUUCCGUCCAGUAUUCGCACUGGAGAAUCUUUUUCUGGUUAUAGAAGUGACUGUACAGAACUUACAGAAAUUAAUGCAAUGAUAAGGCAGAAGAGACAAGAAAUGGAAUUGUUAUGGUCUUCUGCGCGAGCUAGAGUUGAAAGCAUUCCCUUCAUGUCUUGUGAAGCUGAAGCUGAAAUAGAAACUUUUCUCCUUGCUUCAACAUCAAUUCCAGGAACCGUUUUCCCAACAAAUAGCCGACCUUUGGAAAACUUUGAAUCCUCAGGUAAAGGGUAUGCUGUAGCACAUACACAAGGAGGAGAAGAGAAAAAGCAAGCUUCUGGCACAUCUGGCACUAGAGGAACUAGGAAGAAGCCUACAAAUACUACUCCAAGAAGAAGAUCUGCAAGGAAUAGCAAGAAUGAGGCUAUGAGUCAAUCUCGAAGCUCACCAAGAUCAAGUAAUUCUAGAUGCAGUGCCCCUGAUGAUGAUGACUCGUCUCUGAAAGUUUCUCCUGCAGCACCAGAAGAAAAACCACUUCCAAAACGAAAAUCUAAAAGAGGAGUUAAACAGCAGGCACCUGUAGUUAAAAAAAAACUUAGAAGUUCUAUGCGCACAGAAAAAUCAUCUAGUGAUUCAGUGGAAGAUGAUGAAGCUGCCGAGUCUGAUGCGCCUCCAGUGUUGGAUCAAGAUCACCAGUCAGAUAAUGAAAGCCUUCUGCACAAAAAUAAUGCAGAAACAGAGUCUGCUAAUGGCUUGGAAAGCUGUAGUGAACAUGUAGAAAAUGAGGAAAUUGCAAAAGAUUAUGCUCAAGAACGGGAUAUUUUAGAAGAUGCAGACUUGGGUUCUUGUACCCAAGAACCUCCUGCUUUGCAAGAAGAGAGUCAGAAAGUUGAAAUAAAAAGUGGCGAUGAAAACGUUGCAGAUUUUGAGAACGAGGAUGUUUGUGAGAAUACGUUUGAAAUGGUGAAUACAAUGAAUAGUCCCAGAAAUGAAUUAUUGGAACAUUCAGUAACACUUAAAAAAAUAGAUCAAACAUUUAGUCCCCAGGAUGAAUUAUUGGAAAAUACAGAAACUUUGACAGAAGCAUAUCAGUCACUAGAUAGUCCCAGAGAGAAACUGUUGGAGUACCCAGAAUCAGUGGAAAAUGAUGAUAAAUCAUUUGAUAGCCCAAGAAACAAACUGUCUGAGCCAACUGACUCUGUAGACUUGGAUGGUUGUGAGGAUAAAGAAAAAAAAUCAAGUGGUAAAAGUGCAAUGGUUCCAAACUCACCUGUUCAAGAUGCUUUAACAGAUGUCUUAAUAACUACUAUUCAAGAUGUUAACAAAUUGGACCAGUCCUUUAAAGAAGAGAGCAUGCCUGUAAAUAAAGAAGUCAGAAUUGCAGAAUCAUCCAAGAUAAUUACUGAACAAUCUAAUACACAUUUUAAUGAAGAUAACAAUGAAAUUAUACCAAUGGAAUGUGAUUCAUUUUGUAGUGAUCAGGCUGAAUCUCAUAUCGAACAGUCACCGUCACUUGAUUGUGUAAAACCAGUGGAGACAAACUCCUUAUCUCAAGAGACUGAAAAUUGUACAUUACUUUCUGACAAAAAAGGUGAAAGUAGUUUACAUGAAACAGAGUGUCCAACAGAAUUUAAAAAAGAUAAAAAGACUCGAACCAGACGGUCUAGAUUUCACUCUCCAUCAACAACCUGGUCUCCUUCAAAGAAGGGGGGCAGGAAAUCUGAAUCGCCAUCACCCAAAAGGGAGACUAUCAAAGAAGGUGAGCGAUCUCGCUCACCCAAGAAGGAGACGGACAGGGAGGGCAGGCGGUCUCAGUCACCCAAGAAGGAGACGGACAGGGAGGGCAGGCGGACUCGGUCACCCAAGAAGGAGACGGACAGGGAGGGCAGGCGGACUCGGUCACCCAAGAAGGAGACGGACAGGGAGGGCAGGCGGUCUCCUUCACCCAAGAAGGAGACUGACAGGGAGGGCAGGUGGUCUCGUUCACCCAAAAGGGAGACUGACAGGGAGGGCAGGCGGUCUCCUUCACCCAAGAAGGAAGCUGACGGGGAGGGCAGGUGGUCUCGUUCACCCAAAAGGGAGACUGACAGGGAGGGCAGGCGGUCUCCUUCACCCAAGAAGGAAGCUGACGGGGAGGGCAGGUGGUCUCGUUCACCCAAAAGGGAGACUGACAGGGAGGGCAGGCGGUCUCCUUCACCCAAGAAGGAAGCUGACGGGGAGGGCAGGUGGUCUCGUUCACCCAAAAGGGAGACUGACAGGGAGGGCAGGCGGUCUCCUUCACCCAAGAAGGAAGCUGACGGGGAGGGCAGGUGGUCUCGUUCACCCAAAAGGGAGACUGACAGGGAGGGCAGGCGGUCUCCUUCACCCAAGAAGGAAGCUGACGGGGAGGGCAGGUGGUCUCGUUCACCCAAAAGGGAGACUGACAGGGAGGGCAGGCGGUCUCCUUCACCCAAGAAGGAAGCUGACGGGGAGGGCAGGUGGUCUCGUUCACCCAAAAGGGAGACUGACAGGGAGGGCAGAAGAACACCUUCACGAUCUCCCAAAAGGGAGACUGUCAGGGAGAGCAGAAGAUCUCCUUCUCGAUCAAGAGUUAAAGAUUUCUCUCCAAGGCAGAAAUCUAGGUCUCAAAGCAAAGAUAGAGAUAACGACAGAGAUGGCCAAAGAAGAGAACGUGACAGAGACAGAAGAAGUAGGAGAUGGUCAAGAUCCCGAUCUCGAUCCAGGUCAAGAUCCCCAUCUCGAACAAGAAAUAUGGGUCCUUCCUAUGCUAGGAAUGAGAGAGGUGGUCACUCACCUCGGUGGAAGGAGAAAUGGAGCAAUGACAGCUGGAAAAGUCCAAGGGGAACUGAUAGGUACAAAAGAGGUGAACAAGAGAAACAGAAUGAAAAUAUGAAAAAAGAAAAGGACAAUAUAGACAAAGAUUCUGAUGACCAGUGUUUGUCUGACAAGUAUGGUAAUGAUUAUCCAGAUUGGGUAAUGGAAAGAAUAAAUUCUGUUCCUGAAACUAGGAGCAGAGAGAGAGAGACUUUUAAAGAUCCACAGUGGGAAGACAACAGAUGUGAUAAUUCAGGAUAUUCUUGGAAUAAAAAUUUUGGUUCAGGUUGGAUUUCAAAUCGUGGCAGAGGUGGCCGAGUCAGAGGUGGCCGGGGCAGAGGUGGUUUCAUGUAUGGAGACCGAAACGAAAAUCAUUGGCAAAAUAGAAAACCCCUCUCAGGAAAUUCAAAUGGCUCUGGGAAUGAAACUGUCAGGUUCCCAGAACAUCAACCAUACAGGCAUAAAAAUGAACAGGAUUUUUCUUUUGAUACGCCUGCUGAUAGAUCUGGGUGGACAUCUGCAUCUAGUUGGGCUGUAAGGAAGACUUUACCUGCAGAUGUGCAGAACUAUUAUUCAAGAAGAGGACGAAAUUCUUCCAGUCCACAGUCUGGAUGGAUGAGGCAGGAAGAAGAGACUUCUGAGCAAGAUCCAAACCUCAAAGACCAAACAAACCAACAAGGGGAAGGUUCUCAGCUACCAAUAAAUAUGAUGCAGCAACAAAUGAAUGUAAUGCCACAAGUGAAUGCACAACACCAGCCUAUGAAUAUCUUCCCGUAUCCAGUCAGUGUUCCUCCACCUAUGAUGAAUAUCCAACACAAUCCAUUUAAUAUUCGUCCUCCAAUACCAUUGCAUCUCCAUGCAGGAGUGCCUCUCAUACAGGUAGCUCCUCUGACCAGUGUAACUCAGGGAUUACCACCACCUCCACCUCCUCCUCCACCAUCCCAGCAAGUCAACUAUAUUACUUCGCAGCAAGAUGGAAAACAAUUGCAGGGUAUGCCUAAUGCACUUCAUGUCAGUAAUAACAUGACUGUACCAGUGUUGCCUGCUCCAACAGCAGCCCUGGGAAAUGUGGAGACAGUUCAGGGACCAGCUUCUGGUAAUGCAACUUCAUCAAGUCACAUAAAAAAUUCUAAUGCUGCUGUAAAAGUGGGAGAAAGCAAAGGAAGCAUAACCGUGGAAGCCAGCGCAGACAGCUCGAAGAAAGACCAGAAAUUGUUAAUUCAGGAAAAAGCAGCGCAAGAGGUCAAACUGGCAAUUAAACCUUUCUACCAGAAUAAAGAUAUUAGCAAGGAGGAAUAUAAAGAGAUUGUGCGGAAGGCAGUAGAUAAAGUUUGUCACAGCAAGAGUGGAGAAGUCAACUCGACAAAAGUAGCAAAUCUGGUGAAAGCGUACGUAGACAAAUACAAACAUUCACGGAAGAAAAAUCCAGAGGAAGCAUUCUCUGCGGAAAGAAAAUAAGAGGAAAACGAAAAACCUGAAAACAUGCUCUAGCUGCAAAGUGCAAUUUCAACAAGAACCAUUAACUGAAAAUUGUUCAUGACUAUGAUUGGAAUCUGGUUUUGAUAAAAUUAUUUUUCAAUGUAGUAUAUAAUGUUUUGUUCUAAAUAAAUAUAGAUUUAAGCUGCAACUUCUUUAUCCCUUUUCAAAAUAGAUGCCUAAAAGAAAGUAAAAGGUAUAAAGGAGAAUGCAUUUUUAUUAGGAAUGUAUGAUUGUGUGGAUACUAGAUGUACAGCAAUUUCACUUGAAUAAUGGAGUGCAUAAAAUUAGAAAUCUUGUCUAAGUACAUUGGUUUUUGGAACAGGUAUGUACAGUACAUGUAAUCAGUCAGAUUAAAGAUAUUAAAGUAAGAUUUUUCUUUGAUUUCUCCCUAAUUAUAUAGUAAAGAUAAAAUAAUGUAUUGCCUUGACAAAUAUUUCUAGUGUUAACUGGAGAGACUGAAUGCAGGGGUCACAAUGUGUAUAUAAAAAGCACAUGGCUGUGUCUGAACAGAAGAACUGUUUAGAUGAAAAGAGAAUAAAUUCACCAUCCGUCAGUAAGAUUUGGUGCCCAGAAUCAUGGGCGCUGUUGUUAACACCAAAUAAAGAUUAUGCUGCUUGGUUUUGUUUUGUGACUUUUUUCAAUUUUUGUUUUGAGAUAGUGGGCUGAAUUCAAGUAACUUGUGGAAAAGAACUCAAGGCCUCUAGUCACAAACGGUAUGGUUCAGGCAACCACUGUGCACAGCUCUGGUAAAUGACCUAAGAAAUGAUUAUGCUUUAGAGCUAGAUAUUCAGGAAAAAUAAGUACUGCAGUUCUGUUUUUAUUUUUCUAUAAUUCUUCAAAUAUAGUAAAAGGGGGAAAUCUUUACUAGGGUCUCUGUUGACCAGAGGUUGCCAGUUGUGCCAAUUUUAGCUGUGUAAGAUAUUUUAUUAGUUUGCUAGGGACUACAGCAUAGGCCACCAAGCUCAUGUCACUAAAGUUGCACAAAGAUAAUCCUAGGUAAUGUGUCACUUAGUGCUUAGUAAAAAGCUUAGUCGUAGCUUUCAAACUUCCCAAAAGCACUUUCCAGUAAAGAGUUAGGUCCAGACUGUUCAGUCAUUCUAAAGGCUGGUAUUGGAACAAUUAACUGCUCUGAAAUAAUUGAUUCAAACCUGUUUAUGGAGUUGGUUGGCUUGUUAGAACAGUGUGGUUUCUAGUUCUCAUGGAAAAAGUUUCUUGGAAGUCUUUUAACUUGUAUCAGGAGUGUCAGUGGGCAGUUUGUUUCCUUCUGUUUUGGAAGAACAGCACUACUAAAAGUGGCAUGCAUCCCACAGUGCUUGAAUACUGUGAAAGCACUGUGCAAGAGCCCGAGACCCUGUGAUGCUCCAGCCAGAAGACUCCUGGCAAAAAAGUGGGCAUGUGCUAUGUGGACUCUGUCUCUAAUGGCUUUGAGAGAAGUCCUACAGUCUGAGCUGUGUGGACGUUGGCUUCCCAAAGUUACAAGCAUCUUGAAGUUCCUUACCUUGUCCUUUCCAGUCAUUUUCGCAGGACCCUGAGGCAGAGGAUAUAAAGGGAUAUAUAACUAUAAGAUGCUGUUGCAACAGUUGAUCACUUGCUUUUAAUUGCAACUUUCUGCAGAUGUAAUGAAGCAUUUUGACUGGCUAUAUUUAUUUUUGUGCCUAAAUCAAAAUGUGUAAAUUAGAGACUGAUACAAGUUUUUCUACAGUCAAGCCAUGUUUUAGAUGUUUCAAACUGAUCCAGGUUUACUCUGCUAGUGAUUUGUAUGGGCUCUUGAACUAUUUUAAACUACAACUGGUUAGCACUUUUUGAAAUAUUUUGUAGCAAAUUGCUAUACCUAUCCUGGUUAAUCACGCCAUGCGUACCUAUUUUUAUUGCAUUUUCCUGCUCUGACAAAUUUUUGGAAGUUGAUGACUUUUAUAUCUUUUUAUUCUAUACAGUUGAACCUUGCUACAGUGCUCUUUCAGGAGCCAUAUGAAUGUCCUUUUAAGAAAAGUGUGGAGAGGGGGCAAAAGAGAAUUUUGUGGUAAUGCUUGUUUCAACAUACGAGAUGGGGAGGAUUUGUUCUUUUUUUUGUUUCCACAGCUCCUGUCUGGAAGACAAGAUGCCACUUGCUAUCACAUUGUAAUUGAGGUAGUGAUUAUAGUGAUGCUCCACUGUAUUUCAAAUUCUAAUGAAGAAUAUCUGAUAAGUGAGAAUGUGAUCAGUAAACUUUUUAUUUUUUACACUGAAAUACUUAAGAAUUUAUCAGAAAAUAUGCAGCUGAUUAAAAAGUGUGUUAACUUUAAAGUGUAUUGCCUUAAUACAUAGAUUAUCCUUCUCUAUUUUUCCAGAAAAUCAACAAGGUCUACCUUAAUAUGAGUGCAUGAGAGAGCAUGUGCUUUAACUUUGUGGACUUUUUUUGUUAAGAUUAGUAUUAAAGCUGUAUUUCUAUUUAUUGAAACUGCUUGCAUUUAACCCCUGGGUACUGGGAUUUCCCAACAUGCACUAAAGUAAGUACAAAGUGGUGGGAAAUUCUGGAUCCAGCUGAUACCUCAAGGACAAAUUAAUUUGAUCUAAAUUGCCUUGAGAAGAAUUAUGACUGUCUAGAUUUUGCAGACUGUAUGCAAAGCAGAAGGGGUUUUCCUACAUCCUUGCAGCGCUACACUGUGCAUGCUGCUUGAAUAUCUCAUUCUAAAUAUGUAUCUUCAGGAACACAGUGGCUGCCCCAGGUCUAUGCUGUGAUAUUUGUAGCAUAAGGCUGGAGUGCUGUCUGCUGAACUAAUAUUCUCAAACUAGUUUUAUGUAGUGCUUAACAUUUUCUAAUAAAUUCUUUUGACUAAGCUGGAAGUAGUCUCUCUGGUUUGUCA